CCCAGCCUCCUGGCCACGCCGCGCGGAUGCAGAGCUGUAGACUCAUUCCCGGCUGGGACAGCGAGGGAGGAGGAUGUCCCGGAGCGGCUGAGCGCCUCCAGCAGCCCCCGCCCGCGCGCCUCAGUCGGACCACCCCCACGUGGCAUCAUGCGGGACCUGACGCGCCGCUUGGUGCUCUGCGCGCUCCUCGGCUCCGUGUGCGCGGCGUGCCCCCCGCGCUGCGAGUGCUCGGAGGUGGCCCUCACCGUGAAGUGCGUCUCUAAAGAGCUGCUAAGCGUCCCGACCGGGAUCCCGGGAUACACCAGGAACCUGUUCGUGACUGGGAACCACAUUCGCCGACUCGGUCCGGAGUCCAUCAGUCUGGAGAACGUGACCACCCUGUCCCUGAGCGGAAACAGGAUCUCCGUGGUAGAAUCCCACGCCUUUUCUGGACUCCCCCGUCUCCGCUCUCUGGAUCUGAGUAACAACCAGCUGGCUGUCAUUCACCCCGAAGCCUUCAGCGUCCCUAACCUGUCCCUGCGGGAGCUCAACCUCAGCCUGGCCCUCUACAACCACUCUGCGGUGCUGGACCUGGCCAGCUCUCUCCGCUGGAGCCCUCUGGGGAGUCUGAGGGUCUUGGAUCUGUCUAACAAUGGCCUCAUCUUCCUGCCGUCUCAGAUCUUCUUCCGCCUGAACAGUCUGCAUCGACUGCUGCUGUCCAACAACUCCCUGGUGGCCAUCCACAACUCUACACUCUCCGGCUUGGAGAACCUGCAGGAGCUGGACCUCACUCUAAACGCCUUCAAGAUGUUUCCAGAGGAGGGUCUGCGAGAGCUCGACACCAUACCCAGAGCUACACUUUUCCUCAGGGAGAACCCGUUAACGUGCACGUGUGGAAUCGAACCUUUCACUCUGUGGCUGAACAGAUCCCAGACCCGCGUGGGAGACACAGAGGGCCUGGUGUGCUCCUUCCCGGCCUCCCUGAGGAACACCUCCCUGCUGGCUGUGGGCAAACUCAACCUGGAUUGUCACCAAAGGGACCCAGAGGCGGACAUGGCCCUGCAGACGUCCUACGUCUUCUUGGGGCUCGUCCUGGGCUUCAUUGGCCUCGUCUUCCUCUUCGUGCUCUUCCUGAACCGUAAGGGCAUCAAGAAGCGUAUCAAUGACAUGCGGGACGCCUGCAGGGAGGUUUGGGAGGGCUACCACUACCGCUUUGAGCUGGACUCUGAUCCCAGGCUAUCGCAUGUCUCCACCAGCGCCGACGCUUGAGGAUCCCGUCCUUGUAUCUCUGACUCUGAUGCAGAGAGGAAUGUAAAUGUGAUGUCGGUGAACCUGCAGAUGUUGGACUGGAGCAUGCACCCCAAGUGCCUGAGGUCAGUCUUAGGAUCCGAAUCAAGCAGAAGAUUCUCAGAUCCAAACUCAGCAGAAGCAAACAAUGGUGCAAUAAAAUUCAAAGCACGGACAGCUAUUCAUCUGUGAUCCUUCUGAGCCCCUUCUGGUCAGCAGCUCCACGGGGAAGAGAUGAGUUUCAGUCACCAAAAGCUUUCCAUAAACUUGCCCUGAGAAUUGGCUGCAGGAUCAAGGAAGGGGGUGUCAGCACAAGCGGAAGCCAAGGCCCCUUUAUUUUUUCCCCUCAAACAUUGUUUUGUUUCAACUCCUCGAGCUUUAUUGUCAGAAUGAUGAGAACCAGUCCCCGACUGAGGCUGCUGGAAGCAGUCCCGCCCCCUCCACUCAUCUGGAAGACAACAGCGGCUCCGGGGGCUCUUUGAAGGAAAAAGUCUGUCCAGGUUUUUUUGUUUAGGCUCUCCUUUCCCCCCGUGAUGAGAUGCAGAAGUGUUUCCUUCAAAGAUCCAGGGUGGAGCUCGCCCUCCUGCUUCCUGACUCAUCGCUUUUGGGGGAAAACAUUUUCAAACAUUUUUCAGAUGUUUAACCCUUUAACACCUGCCACCUCGCCGGUGACGCAUAAACACAAAAUCUUUAGCGUACUGUAAAUUUUCAAUUGUUAAAAACGAUCAACAAAAUUUCAGCUGGAAUUACACUGAUCGUGUUGACAAUUAAAAAUUUACUGUAAAUCAAAGAAUAUAAAGACUGGAGCUCCAGUGUUAAAUGGUUAAACAAACUCAGAUUACAAGAGUCUAUCCAGAGGGUCAUGGUGAGAUUUGAAAUGUAUCUGUCUUCUGAUCCAAACAGACUAAAAGCAGAAAAUCUUCUCUGCUUAUUAACCUGACCGUGAGAUGUCAGGGUAUCUGAAAUGGGAUGGGGGUGAUUGUAAAUUUAGAACAACACUUGGUUUUAAACGAGACCAGCAUGUUUGUCCCAACAGAACGCCGAAAUUCCUGCAGCUCUUCCUGCAUGUGGAAUGACAGACUUUAGCUCGAGAAAUGAUUCUGCUUCGAUGGUCUGGACUCACCCGUCCACAGGAAGGAGCAGUCUCCAUGGUCCCCAACAGCCCUGCUGAUGCUAUGUGUGAUGGGAUUUAUGAAAAUCUGGUCUGGCAAAUGAUCAAUGUCUUUGUUCCUCCUAAUUGCUGGUGGAAGGUAAAUCCCAGGAGAAGCUUUUAUUUUGUGAUUCAACUCCAGGGCCGGGCACGGGUUACUGGUGUCAAUCUUCUGGGGAGAAAAAACUAUUCACUGCAUGUCCAUCCUUCUGUUUUCGCUCAUUAAAGUGUGGCUUUCUGUG